AUGUCACUAGGGGUCCCAGUGGCACAGUCUACUGUCAACCCAGGUAGCUUGGGCAUCGAGAAUACGAAUAUUGAGACGGCUCCUGGUGUGGAUCUUUCUGUCCAACAGAAGAUCCUGGUUGGUAGUAUUUUAGAUCUUUUGGCCGGCCGACCGUCUCUAAAGAAGCUUCAGCUCUGGGCUGAUGAUGCGACUUUCGCAGAUCCACUAACAAACGCCCAAGGUCGCAAACAGUACGAGGCUCAGUGGUAUAGUCUAGAAACCGCCUUUUCCGAAAUCGAACGCCUACACCAAUCCGUCACCUCAGCAGGCAACCCCAUUACCAUGGAUGUCAAAACCCGAUAUAAGAUCAAGGGCAUUGGUAAGGACCAGAUCAUUGACAGCGUUGUGCAAAUUUAUACGGACGACAUGGGAGAGGGGAUCGUGCGGGUUGAGAAUCGGUGGAAUAAUGAGUUACCUCAUGGGGCGUUUUCAAAGAUUUGGAGAAACCUUAACUCUAUGGUUAUCCCGGCGUUUGUGCAUGUGCCAAAGAAUGACGCAGAGGACUCGAAACCUCGAAAUUAA